CAGCACAAGGCAGCUGUGGAGGAAUGACUGGCUCCUCUUUUUUGGCAAGAGGAGUUUGGAAGCUCUUAGCGGGGUUGUUAAGCCAGGACUAUAUUUAUCUUGUGUGCAAUACACAACGGCGUCUUUCAGAGGUUAUUUAAAAGCUAAACACUGUGAAGGUUUUGCUAGUAUUAAUGAAGCGAGCGAAACGUGGAUACGGUACAUUUUUCCAAAACUUUCUGUGUACGUGAAAUGAGGCAAGACUUUUUUGUUCGUUUUUUACUCCGGUAAAUUUGAUGAGCGUUAAACUAAAGGCGUCUGGGUCGAGUUUCUGGAGCGAGAUAGCGGAUACAGGGAUGGUAAUUAACGCUAUGUAGUUUUGAAAAGCAACGUGGCUGAAGAGAUGGAGGACGAUAACAACAACAACAACGUCCGCAGCACAUCGACUGUGGCGGAGGGCAGCGACCCCAACGCGGACGGGGAGGUAAACAGUCACUACCUGGAAGGUGGUUUGGACGAGGUGCAGAUGCAUCUCACCUGUUUACCUGAACGAUAUAUGAGAGCAAAGUUCACGUUGUCCGCAUAUAUCCUUUGCUGGACCAUACUAAAGUUGUGCCAGGGAUUAAGACGCUCCCCCGCCAUGCAGCAGGCCCCAGAAGCUCUCGAGGACCCCGUCAAUGACAGUGGCUGCUCAGAGGUGGGGGACCCCGGCCCGGAGGAGUACCCAGAGGCUCAGGAAUGGAGCGACCUGGCCCAGGAGCAGGCCCAGGACACCACCGAGGAGUACUUCGACACCCACUCCUGGCACAGCGACACCCUCUCGGACCUCAGCCCCGACGGCGAGGACUGCCCCGCCGUGCCGCCGGGGGUGGGGGGGCCCUGCGUGGGAUGGCAGCCAGAGCCCGACCUCUGCCUGGUGGGGUGCGGGCUGUAUCCUAGAGAUGGGAGCCACACUGACAGGCAAGGACCGGCUCCAGUGGAGACAUAUCCAAACUUCCUGGAUUUGCCCCAUGAGACACUAUUGGAUGGCACCUGCCUGGAGCACCUGCCUCACACAGUGCUUCAAGGACGUGGCAGGACUAUACCGGAGUGCACUGAACCUGCUGAGUCUGAUGAGGCUCUGAAUGGUGCCUCUGUCAGUUUGUUGCCUAAGGAAGCUGGACUUCCUCUCUCCUCAGGUCAUGGUUCUAUGGAGACAGCGUACCAGUCACCAGAGGAAAAAGAGCUGAAUGGAGCAGAAUUACACUUUAAACCCACACAUACAUAUGGAACUGACUCACAGUUUGAAACUGAAGAGACAUGCAUAGCACACACAAGGUUUAAACCUACAGAUACAUGUGUAAUGGACUCACAGUUUAAACCCACACAUACGUCUGUAACAGACACACAGUUUGAACCCACAGAUGCAUCUGUAACAGACCCGCAGUAUAAACUCACAGAUAUAUGUGAAACAGACUCACAGGUUAAAGAAGUAGAGAUCACUGUAAUAGACUCGCAGUGGGAAUCCUCUGAGAUAAAUGAAUCAUCUUCAACACUGAAAUCCAUUGAAACAAGCAUAACGGAACCUCAGUUUAACCCCACUGUGAUAAGUGAACCAGAACCAGAGGUGAAAUCCAUUGACAUCAGUGAAAUGGAGGAACAGUAUAAACCUGCUGAGAUGAGUCUAGCAGAACCACAGCUUGAAACAUCCAAAAUAAGCAUAACAGGAUUACAAGCUACAUCUGAGGGGUUGGCCUCUUCUGAGGAACUGCGGGACAUAGAGGCUGCCUAUCCUACCCCACAUCCUGGAACAGAUGACAUCAAGCUCAUAGAGAGAGCGGGUCAACAGCAACCGUGCUCACAACCCUGGGGAGACUGUGAGUCUGAGAAAGUUACAGACUGCUGUGAUACAAACUCUGAGCAUGGGGGGUUGCAGAGCGAGGGUGGAGAGGACAGCUGUCAGGAGGAGAGAGAGACUACGUCAGAUGACAGCCAGGGUGAUCAAAAUGAGGGCAUUUCUGAAACUCAUCAAGUCACUCGCUCCUUUAUGCAGUUUGGUAUCGAAGACAGUGUUUUAGACACCGAGUUGAACUCUAACAUCUGUGUACGGUCUGAAGUUGAGGAUAGUGCUUUAGCAAGUCUUUCUCACAGUGACGUCCAUCUACAGUCAGAUAAUGAGGGCAAUGUUUUAGAAGCCCAGUUGGUCACUAACAUCUGUGUACACUGUGAUGUUGAGGAAAAUGUUUUAGAAGCUAAAUUAGACACUAAUGUCUGUGUACAGUCUGAUGUUGAGGAAAAUAUUUUUGAAAAACAGUCCUGUACAAAUGUAUGUGUAUGCAAUAGUAAUGAGGAUAAUAUUUCAAAAACUCAGCCCCACAUUAACACCUGUGUGAAUUCUAAUUCAGAAGAGGUUGUUUUAGAAACCCAUAUUGACACGUGUGUACAGUCUGAUACUGAGGACAGUGUUUUGGAAACCCAGCCCAACACUAAGGCCUGUGUACAACCCUUUUCUGACAAUGUUUUGGAGGCCCAGCCCAACACAGAGGUCUGUGUACAAUUUGUUACCGAGGAACAGGUCAAAGAAUGCCAUCUCCUCCCACAAAAGCACUGUGAAGUCAUCUGCUCAGAUGAGCUGGGGCUUGCCAGUUCCUCUGAGCUGCAGUCAGAAGCUUUGUCUGAAGAGGGGGGACUAUCAGUACAAUCCUCAUCAGAGGAAAAGGUUGACAGCUCCAGAGUUCCUCAAAAGCAGGAGGUAGGGCAUCUUCUUAAUCCCCCAGAGUCGCCUGCUGAGUCAUUCGAGGUGUCGAAAGAAGUCGGACUGCAGAAUCUCACAAGCACAGAGGAAUCCAUCCCGUGUCUUGUCAGCUCCGCUGGUAUGCCCUUUGAAACCACCACAGACUUGGAUUUGAACUGUAAACAGUUUGCACUGGGUGGCUCAGACAUUACGUCUGGAGCAAGCGAGGCAUCGGCAGAAACGCCAGCGAGCUCAAAACAUCUGAAUGACUCUCAAAACAUUGUUGCAAAUGUCCACCCUUUCCAGGGGGACAUUGUUGUAACCUGUGCGUCAAAUCCUGAUUCAAGCCCAGUGAGGACGGUACAGAUUACCUUAGAUAUCCCACAAGAGAAAUUCCAUUUUGAUCAUCCCUGGCAAAUUGGGAUGUCAGGGUCACCCUAUUUCCAGAAGUUCCGUACCCCACCUGAAUGGCAUUUUGAUACGAAUAACAACAGUACGACAGGUUUGGAGUCAUGCUCUGUUGAUCCUCACAAUGCUGUGUUAGAGGCUCGUGCUGUCACCAGUGAGCCAUUGGACUCACUCUCAGGGGAAAUCACUUAUAAUUCUGAAGACAAUUAUGAAGAGGACUCCUCCAGUCUCCUCCAGGCAAAUAUUAAUGAUGAUGGAACUUCCUGCAGUGGAUCGGAUCUUGAAAAUAGUGCCUGGGAUGCAGAGGACAUCCCCAACACCUUGGAUCAUGAAGCCUGCUGGACUAACCAGGACUCAGUCUCAGCUGAGGGGGUCCAUUCUGAGCUGGACCUUCCAGAGGGGGGGGAAAUAAUGGGGGAAAUGCAGGGUGGACCUCAGUGCACAGACAGAGUCAGUCAGGACGCCCCCACCAACAGCCCCCACCUCCCUCCACACACAGAUGUGAGCUGCGGGGAAUCCAUAACAUGGAUGAGUAAUGCUGAGACGAACAGGCAGAACUCUGAAAAAAGUGAAGAAUAUCUGCAGGAGACACUGGAUACAGAGAGCUCUGUAGACACAGCGCUUGAAGACUUAGUAUUUUGCAUAGAGACCAAGAAUGAAGACCAAUCACUUUCACACACUGUAGAAAAAGAGGAAUAUGAAUGCACAGUAGAUUAUACAGCUGGUAGCUCUAUCCCCUCCAUGAUAGAGGAGUACACUGCGUCUUUUCAGCCUUGUUUAGAGUCAUUGCAGCCUGAAUUUGAAACAGUCAGAUACCCUUACUCAGACAGUAGUUUGAAUUUGCUAUCAGUUAAUAAUUUGGAACCUAUUUUAGAGGCUGAUCGCUCUCAGGAGAAUUCCUUCAUAAUGGAGGAGGAUAGAAAUGCAGAGGAGGAGGAUGAGGGGGUUCAUGGCAGUACAGUGACCCCUGUACAGGAGGGGGAAAGUGGUGGUACCUCCUGUGUCCAGUUCACACGCCAAAAUGAUACCCUUCAGCUCUCCCCUCCCCGUCACCUUGCCACUGAGGAUAGCGUGAGGGAUGACUUGCCUAGCACUGAAACAGAGGUACAGCCGAGGCAUAGCACACCUGAACCAGAUGACAACAAGGCCACAACCGCCCUGCCUAACGGGGAUGUGGUCCAUGAGGUUCGGCGCACCCCGACCCCGGUCUCCCAGGACCUGGAUACCACCAGCACUAACAGCGAGGAGACUGAUGACAGCCUCUACUCCCUCCUGGGGAGCAACCCCAGCCUCAACAAGGCCGCCAAGAACAAGGCGACCAAGGCCGGCUCCACUGGCAAGAGCUCCAAGUUCUCUGUCUUCUCUAGAAUACCCUCAUUCAGGAGGAGUAAGAACAUGGUCCGAGAGAGCAAUAGCUGCAAGGCAGAGCCUCAGGAAGGUGCGGACAGGGGUGAAGAGAGCCGCGAAGGCUCGCCUGAGAACAAACCCCACCCCACACUCGUCAGGGCGCACCUGUCCCUCAGCUCGGACCACCUGAGAGAGGCCACACGGAGGGGUGAGAACUUGGAUGAUGAUGUCUUCGAGAAGGGAGAUCUCCCCGACCAGACCGUUGGCGAUCGGCCCAAUGCAGAUGAGCAUGGAUUCUGCCAAUCCACACUGCAUACCAGGCACGUCCGGCAACUUUACUCUCAGCCCACAGGUGACAGAGAUGCUGCCAGUAGCCAGGAGGCACUGAACUGCAAGAGCUCUCCAGCCGUGGAGAGGCUGAGUCAUAAAAGGAGCAAGAGCUCAGACAGCCUCAAUCUGCGGAUGAGGUUCGCCCUGGCACACAGGUCCCUCUCCAGCCUGUUCGAGUCUAGAUCCCCAGAGAAGGAGACAGAGGAGGAGUUCCCAAAAUCCGAGCAUGAGAAGCGUAGCACCAGGCCAUCCUGGAGGAUGCUGAAACAGACUAAGGAGGCAGAGACAUUGAAGAGGGCCCUGUCGGUUCCAGAUCCUGGCACCGGCAGGUCAGCCCGCCAGGUCCACAGUGACUACGCCCUGCGCUCUGCUCAAGACCGGCUCCAGGGCUCCUCGGCUGGCCGCAGGGGCUCUCGACAUUCAGACCCCCUGAGUAAGAAGGGUGCGCCACGUGACCAACCAGAGGACUCCCUGGAUGAGAGCAAGACAGAAGAGACACGGAGGGGAGGACCCCCAAAUGGCCUUUCUAUGCUCUGCCCAGAUGCCAGCCAGCUCUCUUCCGAUGACACAGACUUUCCACUCCCAGGGGGCUGCAGGCCCACCUCUCCCCUGAGCCCCAACACCGUGGCUGCUCUGGCUCAUCAGCUGGCUCCCUCCUGGGCCAGGUCCCUGGGCUCCUUUGAGAGCAUGGAGGGUCCUCUCCGCCCUCAGAGCCCCAAGCCCCAGAGCCCCCGUCUGGGGAGCCAUCGCAGGAGCUUCCGCUACCCAUCGCGGGCCACCACUGUGUCCCUCCUGUCGCUGGGACAGGGUGUCAGUGUGGAGGGGCUCUCGGACCCCCCAGAGAGGCCCAAGACCCUGAAGCCCAGAGUGUCCCAACUGGCCUCAGUGAAUUCCCUGAACACAGAAUGGCAACGGGAAGACAGCGGAGUGGACAGUCAGUCCCAGAUCGCCCUUGUCACCUCCAUGUCCAUCAACGAGUUUGAGCUCAUGCAGGAUGGAGGUAAACCCGCAGCCCAGUCGCCGGAGAAGCGGCUCCCGGACCUGGGGUGCGUGCUGCGGGUCAGGAGCCACGGCCAGCGACGGCGAGGGCCACGUCCCAUCUCCGACCUGGGCAGCUGGGCCAUCCCUCUUCCAGGGGAAGGUGGGGCGGGGCUGGAGCUGGGGGCAGGGCAGGGGGCGGACAGGCAAAGGCGCUGCUGCUCUGACGACCUCUGGAUUGAAGAUGAGAAGAGCCGGGAGAGGAAGAUGAACGCCACUGCGACCACGGCGGGCAGCUUGAAUCGGCUGACCGCGCAGCUGUCGGAGGAGGCGGGGAAAGCCCGGGCCCGGCUGUCCCUCAACUCUACAGAGACCUUCCCCUCAAUGGCCCUCAAGGACCAGUGUUUCUCCCAGAGCACGCCUAUUGGCCUGGAUUGUGUCGGCUGGCCACGACGCAUCUCCUAUCCGGGUAGGCCACGCAUGACUGAGGGCAUGAGCCUGCAAGGGUACUCCAUUGCUGCCAAGGGACCAAUCAGCCGUGAGAGAGGGGGCGGGGACUCUUGAGGCUGUAUCAGAGUGCUGGUCUGUGUCCUCCAUGUCCUCAGUGUUCAGGUCUACUUUACACUGUCAUGCCCAGUCUCCUCCGGUAAC